UUUAUCUCUCUCUUCUUUGGAUCAGGUCAGAACAGUGCAACGGAACGUAUAGUGGGAGGAUACGCGCCAGUUCCACAUUCAAUCAAGUACAUCGUCUCGAUACAGACGAGGGACCGGCAGCACAUGUGCGGGGGCUUCUUGAUAAACAAGUACUGGAUAGUCACAGCAGCACACUGUAACAUUGGGCUACAUAAAAUGCUGAUAGUGGCAGGAGACUACUCUCUGACCAUUUAUGAGGGAACCGAGCAGCAAAUCCUGCCUCAGCUUUUGGUGCCCCACCCUGCAUACAACAGAACCACAAACAACAGCGACAUUAUGCUUAUUAAGCUGAGGGCCCCGAUCAAUCUGGGCAGCUUUGUCUCCAUCGCCCUGCUACCCAGGCAGGGCACCACCAUAGCCGAGGGCAGAGUGUGUCGGGUGUCAGGCUGGGGAUACACCAGCCCCAGCGGAGGCCAGAUCCCCUCCACCCUCCGAACUGUCAAGCUGCCCAUCAUCUCCACGGAAAAAUGUAACAGCAGCGAGUCGUUCAACGGCAGCAUCACAGAAAACAUGAUCUGUGCUGGUUACAGCAUUGGUGGGAAGGAUGCCUGUAAGGGGGACUCGGGUGGUCCACUUGUAUGUGAUGGCCGGGUCUACGGUGUGGUGUCCUGGGGGAAAGGCUGCGCUGAAGCUCAGUUUCCUGGAGUCUACACUGCUGUGUCCAAGUUCCGCAAGUGGAUAGACAACACCAUACUCAGCUACUACAGCCGAUGUAACAACAAUUAGUACCCAGUGUUACUCAGUGGAGACUUGACAGGCUUCAUCUCACUGUUGCCUUCUUUGACCUUUGACCUAUGUUUGUUUUGCCAUUUGUGCACAUUUCCGAUAUAUGUUCAUGUGUGAAAGAGACAGCUUGACAUUUUGGGAAAUCAUCUUAUUUUCUUUUCUUGCUCAGUUAGAUGAGAAGAUCGACACCACCCUCAUGGCUGUAUGUUAAAUUUGUAGCAGCGCGUUAGCUUAGCAUUGCAUAAAGUCCAGACACAUGAUAUAUCUAAAUCUAACAAAUUACCACGAGUGUAUUGCGUUUGUUACUGCAAGUUGUUGUGGUUUUCUGGGCUUUUUUCUCGUAUAUUUCUAAUUCUCUCCAUCCUCGUCCCAAGAGGACAGCUAUGAGAGCAGUAUCGGUCUUCUCGUCUCCCAAAAUGUUGUAGUAUUUUCUUUGAGUUUGACAUGUAUCACAUCUGCCGUUGGUCUGUUUUAAGCAUUUCAAAGACAAAACAAGUGAUGGAUAAUCCACCAACACCCCCAGGCAAAACAUGUUGACCAUGUAUCCACAGCAUCAAGAUUGAGGUGCCAUAUCACUGCUUCAAAAUCAGAGCUUUCAUAAAGAAGUAUUUGAAAUGCUGUGAGCAGGUGCACUUGCUUUAAAACACAGUAUAACCGGUGCUACAGCAGCAACAUCAGCACAGUCAAUGUGAGCAUUCAAUGCACAGGUGAGAGACACAACAACAGCGACAAAUGGACUUAGUCAAUGAAAAGCAAUACAGCAGACCUGCAAAACAAACAAACAAAAAAAACAAACAAAAAAAAAUAAGAAUAAUUGUUAGUUUCAGCACAGAAAAUUUGUGGUUCAGCUCGAGGGUAUUUUUUCCCCCAUAUGUUUACAGGUUUGUUGGAUUGAAUUGCAAAAACAAGCAUCAAAUGGUCAAAUUCCAGCUUUUGAUCAGCUCUGAUUUCCCGUGUAAUGCACAAAUGGAUUGAUUUAUUCUUCGUAGUCACAUAAAAUCAAUGAAAGACAAUGCAUGCAUACAAAAUUUCUGUUCCAUAACUCUGAAUGGGAACUAACUCAGUUACAAUAAUAUAUAUUUAUAUGCAGCCUUAUAUACUGUAUAUGUGUGUGUGUGGUGUAAGAAGACAAAGAAGCUGCUGUUUGAUUAGCAGUUUGAUUGUAUAUAAAAUGAAGUCCAGUUAGUAAGUAGCACCGAUUACUGCCAAUUUCACAUGAUGUAUUUAAGGACGGAGCAUAAAGCACCUUUAAAAGUGUGACAGAUGAGUAAAUGCAUGGAAUCAGGUGGAUGGAAUUCGAGUGAGUUUCAAAACAGAUAAACUGUGUUUUCUUGUUUUAUACACUCCAAUAAAUUACUGAUCGUCUUUGGCUUUUUCCA